AAAAUUCCCUAUAAACUAAAAAAGGCAUAAAAAAUUAGAAAUCCGCCAACACGAGUGUCUCCUUUUUGCAAUAAACAAGUCACGACGGUGGAUCACUCCAACAUGGAUGGACAUGAUGCAGUAGACACUAAACAGAGCACUGCUGAUAUGACAGUUUUUGUACAAAAUCUUCUUCAGCAGAUGCAAAGCAGGUUCCAGACAAUGUCAAACUCCAUCAUCUCAAAGAUUGAUGAGAUGGGCAGCAGGAUAGAGGAAUUGGAGCAGAGCAUCAAUGAACUCCGAGCAGAAAUGGGAGUGGAGAGUUCACCAUCUCCUUUGGUCACCGAGAGGGAGAAGAGUCCCUCGAGUGAGUCGAAGCCCGAGAUAGAAAACACAACUGAAAAUGCCAGCGAAUGAUUCAGCAUAGACUGUUGUUAGCGUUUGGCAUGGUUCGUAUCAAACAAUAUUGGUUGAUGUGUUGUUUCCCUCUAUUGCCCAUAAUUUUCUUUUUCAAAAAAUAAAUAAAUUGAGGAAUGGUCUAAAUAUUUGUCAACAACAUCUUUGUUGCUAUAGAAACUUGUUUCUUGUAUACACCGAAUUAUGAAUUAUCUCCCCUUUUACAGAUUAUAGUGCUCAGAAGAUUCA